AUGGCGACGUCCGAGCAAGUAGACCCUUCCAAGCCUGCCGCCCGCAAGCCCAAGGUGACACGCUCGCGCAACGGCUGCUGGACGUGUCGCGCGCGCAAGAAGAAAUGCGACGAGACGCAUCCCGAGUGCCUGCAGUGCCGCAACAAGGGCCUCAAGUGCGAGGGCUACGAGGCGCGGCUGAAAUGGGGGAAUGGCAUCGCCUCGCGGGGCUACCUGAAGGGGAUGAAUUGCCCUACGAUGAUGGUGGCGCCGCAGGCGCCCGCGACAACGACAACGACGACGACGACUACAACGAUGAUGAUGACGACGACGACAAUGAUGAUGAGUUCUGCCAAGUCUACGGACAGCGGCGAUGAGAGUGCUGCGCGGAAGGCCUGCAAGCAACGCCCGCCGAAGAAAGCCAGCCCGCCUGCUGCGGAGCGGGACGUGACGAAGGAGGCGGGAAAAUCCAGCGAGGAGCCACAGACCGAAUCGGCGCCGUCCGAGGUCGAUUCGCUUCGCUCGAUAGGGCUGAGCCCCUUUGAUCGGGAACUGUUUCUUGAAUUCAAACGGUGGGGAGCGCAGUGUCUGGCGAUGGGAUCAGAGAGCGGGUAUUCGCCGUUCGAGGAGGUCGUGGCCUACUGCGACGAGUCGGAGUCGCUGAUGGCCAACUGCCUGAUGUUCCAGCUGUCGCUGAGCCCGCAGUACCAGGACCGGCAAGAGGCAUACUACGCGGAGGCUCUGCGGCUCUUCCGCCGUGAUGUCUGUGACAGUGCGAGUAUGUCGAAGGAUGCGACGAUCAUCGCCGGCAUCCUGCUCUGCUCUGUGGGGAUGCAAAACUGCAAGUCCUGGACGAUGCACCUCGGCGGGCUGCACUCCAUCCUCGCGCACCGGCACGCGAUCCAGAACCAAACGCCGAUCGCGUCGGAGCUGGUGUGCACGAUCGGGUUCCUGGACCUGCCGUCGCACAUCGUGGGGCGGCAGACGGCGCCGCUCAACAUCUGGCGCGACUACUGCCGCGGCAAGACGGGCAUCGAGCCGACGAGCGGCAUGCCGUACAGCCUGCUGGACAUCUUCGCGGUGGUGGGCGAGCCGGACGCGGAGUGGCGGUUCUGGUCGUGGAACCCGAUCGGGCUGACGGCCACGAGCGCGAGGUCGAUGCUGUGGACCAUCACGCAGCUGGCGGGCGUGAUCCUGGCGCGCGAGAAGCACCCGUGCAGCCGGCGCACCACCAACAGCAGCGGCGAGUUCUCGUCGCCGUCGACGGAGACGCUGGUGGACCGGGUGCUGGCGCAGCUGGGCAGCAUGUCGCGCGGCGGCGGCGACGACGGGCUCAGCCCAUCGACCAUCAACCUGCUGCUGUUCCCGGCGUUCGUGGCGGGCUCGCAGCACGCGGUGGUGUCGGCGUCGCAGCGCGCCUUCCUGGAGGCGUUCUGGGCCGACUUUUUCAGCGAGGACGGCACGGGCAGCCCGCACCUGGCGCUGCCGCUGCGUAUUCUGCGCGAGCUCUGGACCAAUGCCAACGGACGCAGCGCUGACCAGGUGGCGCGUGGUUGGGACGUGGAAGUUGGCUUGUUUUGA